GUGGUUGUUCUUGGCCAAGCCUAAACCUUAUCCCACCAAAACCCCAAUUUUCCUCUGCACCAAGCAAUUAUCUUUCAUCUUCGAACUUGAAAUCCACUCUCACCUUCUUCCUCUUCUUCUCUUCAAUCUUCACCCUCUCUCAGAGCAGCGACAUGUUCACUUCUUCGACCCCCACUUCACUCCGCACCCCAAUCCUUCACCACCCUCUUCCCUCCUCACCCUCACCCUUCCGCACCAACUUCUCCCCUCUCACCCUCCCUCCAUUCCACCGCGCCCUCUCCUUCCUCCGCCCUCCGCCGCUCCUCCCGGCGGUGCCCGCCAUCUCGACCGCCGCGAAGGCCGACAAGUCCGGCGAGCAGAAGUGGGUCCACGAAGGUCUUAUCAUGGAGUCCCUCCCCAACGGCAUGUUCCGUGUUCGCCUCGACAACGAGGACCUCAUCCUAGGCUACAUCUCCGGCAAAAUCCGAAAAAAUUACGUUCGAAUCCUCCCCGGCGAUAGGGUUAAGGUGGAGGUCAGCCGCUACGACUCCUCCAAAGGACGCAUCGUUUAUCGGCUUCGCUCCAGCACCCCCUCCUAACACACCCACAACCUGUUUGUUAAAUUCUCCAACACAACGAGUAUGCAUUGUCGUUGCUGUAUAAAAAAAAGUUGCAAAAAAGAAAAUAAUGAUAAUGUUUCGUUCCGUGAUUUGCUGCUAUUAAUUUCGUUUUAGUUUCUUCUUUUGAGUCACUCUUGUCUUGUUGGUUCUUGUUAGAGUUGCCAGUAUUUUUGAUUCCCAACCCUUGAUGCUGCGGGAAGUUACAAAAAAUUACAGGCCAAUGAGAUACCAUUGUGGAGACCCCGAAAACACUGUCAGUGCCGUAAGAUAUUGCGGUUGCAGACCGGUUUUUUUAACCUCCAGUGAUGUGUUUGUGCUGAAAUUGGGUUUCUUUGCAUUAACUGUAGCUUUUAUUUUAGUGUUUAAGACUGUGAAGGUUAAUCAUUUUAGUCUA